AACAAUUUCAAAUUCCAACCACGGGGCGUCCAAAAUAGCAAGGGAAAAAAAAAUUUCAGGCGAGUAGAUUUGCAUUCUUCUCCCCCACCUCGACGCCGGCGAGAGCCCCCCGGUCUCGCUUCCGCCGCCCGAUCCGGCGCCGGGCCCGCCCGCCCGCCGCCGCGUGACAAGGGGAAGGCGAAGGGAUGGAGUUCACGGAGGCGUACAAGCAGACGGGGCCGUGCUGCUUCUCCCCCGACGGCCGCUACCUCGCCGUCGCCGUCGACUACCGCCUCGUCGUCCGGGACGUCGUCUCCCUCAAGGUGGUGCAGUUGUUUUCAUGUGUGGACAAGAUAAGCUUUCUGGACUGGGCACCGGAUUCAGAGUAUAUUCUAUGUGGACUUUACAAGCGACCCAUGGUGCAGGCUUGGUCACUGAGCCAGCCUGACUGGACCUGCAAGAUUGAUGAGGGCCCUGCUGGGAUUGCAUAUGCUCGCUGGAGCCCUGACAGUCGUCAUAUACUAACAACAUCAGAGUUUCAGCUCCGUCUGACUGUUUGGUCUCUUGUAAAUACAGCAUGCAUACAUGUACAGUGGCCAAAGCAUGCCUCCAGAGGUGUUUCUUUUACUAAAGACGGGAAGUUCGCUGCAAUCUGUACUAGGCGUGACUGCAAGGAUUAUGUAAAUUUGCUGUCAUGCCAUUCCUGGGAGAUAAUGAGUGUCUUUGCUGUUGACACGGUAGACUUGGCAGGUGUUGAGUGGUCACCAGAUGAUAGUGCUAUUGUGGUCUGGGAUUCACUUCUGGAAUACAAGGUUCUGAUAUAUUCACCGGAUGGGAGGUGCCUGUUCAAGUACUUAGCAUAUGAAAGUGGAUUAGGUGUGAAAACUGUUGCGUGGUCACCAUGUGGACAGUUUUUAGCAGUUGGCAGCUAUGAUCAAGCAGUUCGGACUUUGAACCACCUGACAUGGAAAACUUUUGCUGAGUUCUCACACGCAGCAUCUAUUCGAAAUCCUACUAAUGCUGCUAUAUUUAAGGAAGUGGAUGAUCCAUGGCAGCUUGACAUGUCAGAGUUAUGCCUAAGUGAAGGAUUCUCCCGUAACAUGCAAGGCAAUGGUGCUGAAAAUGGGACAGAGGGAGGUUCUCGAGUUAAGUAUGCUGUGAUGGAUGCUCCAAUCACUUUGCCUUCACAGAAACCCGUUACAGACAAGCCCAACCCCAAGCAGGGAAUUGGUAUGCUGUCAUGGAGCAGCGACAGUCACUAUUUCUUCACUCGGAAUGACAAUAUGCCAACUGCUCUUUGGAUAUGGGAUAUCUGCCGCCUUGAUCUUGCUGCUGUUCUUGUUCAGAAAGAUCCAAUCCGUGCUGCCGCUUGGGACCCUAAUUGCCCACGCCUUGUUUUCUGCACGGAGAGUCCGCACCUGUACAUGUGGACACCAUCUGGUGCAUGCUGCGUCAACGUUCCGUUGCCAAACUUUCGGGUUGUGGACUUGAAAUGGAACUCAGAUGGAACUUGCCUCCUCCUGAAGGACCGUGAUUCUUUCUGCUGUGCCGCAAUUGUCUCUCCUUUGCCAGAGGAAGAAGAGGCUGAUCAAUCUGAUGUUACCUCAGAAGAUGAAUGAACUUGCAGGCCUUGCUCUAACAAUGGGAUGUGCAGCUUUUAAUCAGUGGAUCUACAUUUGUAUCAUAUCGAUAGAUGUACCUGGGUAACAGCUUGUUCUGAAGUUGCUGAUCGAUCUGAUGAUAGCUCAGAAGAUGAAUGUGAGCUUUGUAUGCCUUGCUCUAACAAUGGGAGGGAAGACACAUGUUUCUUUCCGCUUUAAAACACAUAGAGACGCUGUCGUUGUAGGCUGCAUCUGAUAUUCUUAAACCAUCUUUGCUACACACCCUA